CUUUCAUGUUGUAUUCUACAUCGUUCAUAAAUACAAGUUGAACUACUCGUUUUCAACUGCUUCUCAAAUGACGUUCGAAAAAUGUUUCUUGAACUAAACGCCGAGAUCAACUUUUUAUUCUGUUCAAAUUUUACAUGUCUUCGGUUUUCUACCUUGGUGUUUCUUAUCCAGCUUGCAAAACGUAAAUAAACAACUAAGGAGCAUGUGCUUUUAAUCGUCUAUUUUUAGUGCAGAUAAAUAAUAGCUAAUUGAUAGUGAUUGUACUGAUUAUUGAGUUCAAUGUACUGUAGUAUUCUUAAGAAGUUUUACAUCUUUGUUAGUUUUAGCUAAGAACAACAGUCAUGUCUAAAGCUGUUGCUUUGAAGAAACUAAAGUCCUUAGCUGUCGUAGCUAUUGGGGGAACAGCUGCAUUUUCUGCAAUCUGCCUUCAACAAGGCAAUGAAAAAUUUUACCAUAAAGUUGUUAUGCCAACUUUGCAUUCAUUACUAUCACCUGAAUCAUCUCAAAUGCUUGGUUUAUAUGCUGCUAAACUAGCACUCAUACCUAAAUGUAAAGUUGAGGACGGAGAUCUUUUAAAAACUCAAGUAUGGAACUUAAACUUUUCAAAUCCAAUAGGUAUUGCUGCAGGGUUAGAUAAGAAUGCAGAUGCUCCGUCUGGCUUAUUUAGGAGUGGUAUUGGGUUCUUAGAAAUUGGUACUAUUACACCUUUGCCACAAGAUGGAAAUCCAAAGCCUAGAAUUUUUUCACUCACUGAAGAUGAAGCUUUAAUUAACAGGUGCGGGUUUAAUAGCAAAGGGCAUAAACAUGUUAAACCACGCUUAGAAGCUUGUGAUAAAAGAGGUGUGUUAGGUGUCAACUUAGGUAAGAACAAAGAUAGCGAAUCUGCUGAAGAUGACUAUGUUAAAGGCAUCAUUGAGUUUUGUUCUACAGCAGAUUACUACACCAUAAAUGUUUCUAGUCCAAAUACUCCCGGAUUACGGUCUUUGCAAAAUAAGAAAAAUCUGGAAAAUUUACUUGAUAAGAUUCUUGAAGCUAGGGAAAAUUGCUGGAGGAAGCCACCAAUAUUACUUAAAAUUGCACCAGAUCUGUCAUUUGAAGAAAAAAAGGAUAUUGCGGAGGCUAUUUCCAGGAAAGGGAAGAAAAUAGAUGGCCUCAUUGUAUCCAAUACAACAAUUUCUAGGCCAAAUAUCCUGAAAAGUGAAGACAAAAGGGAAACUGGUGGUCUUAGUGGGAAACCAUUGAAGGAUCUUAGUACGAAUGCAAUCAGAGACAUGUUUGCUUUAACAAAAGGAGAGAUACCAAUUAUUGGUGUUGGAGGCAUAUCAUGUGGAAAAGAUGCCUAUGAAAAAAUAAAAGCUGGGGCUUCUCUUGUCCAACUGUAUACAGCCAUAACAUAUGAAGGGCCAACAGUUAUUGGCAAAAUCAAAAGAGAGUUAAAAGAACUAUUAAUAUCUGACAACUUUUCAAAUGUCAAGGAAGCAGUUGGAGUUGAUAGUAAAAAGUAAACAUUUUAAAAUAAAAACGAUUGAAAGGUAAAAAGUGAAUCUUUUUAAAUAACUGUAUAGAAUGUGAUAUGUAUUUAUUUACUAUUAAAAAUAUAUAUUUAUUAGUUUUAAAUAAACAUAUAAAGGUCAAUAUUUUUUUUACAUUGUUGCAAGUUAUUUACUAUGAAUAUGUACACCUUUUUUUAAUUUUAAAAAAGUCAACCAAAUAAAAUAAUCAAACAAAAUAUUAAAAUGUAAAGGGGUGAUAUUGAAAUUGUGUAGAAUUGAUCCAACAAAAUAAAAUUUUCAAGCUCCAGCAGGGAAAGAAAUCAGCAGAUAGGCCACUCCAUUAGAUAUACUGCACAUACCAAAAUUUUAGAUUUUAAAUCCUAAACUCCACAAUGCGUAACUGAGCAAAAUUAUGGUAAAAGUUUUAAAAUGUUUUGCUUAACAGGUUGAGUACAAAUUAAUCAGUCCCAACUUGCUUUCUAUCUGAUAAUUCAAACUCAAAUUAUCAGACCCUAUGAUUUGAAUAAAAAUGUUUUUAAUCAUGUAGGUACUUAAUUUUAAUAAUUUUCUAAACUAAAUACAGAAUAACAAUACAUAAAUUCUUAAAAAACUUUAUUACAUUAUCAUAUAACGAUAAAGUAUGAUUUUAGAAGUAAAGAAUGUCUAACAUCCUGUUGAAUACUAUGAUAAUAUUGGCAUAUUAAAUCAUACAGAUUUCAUAACAUAGCAACGUAAAUGUUUUGAAACGUGUUACAUAUAAUAUUUUGUGUUAUACAAAAAUUAUUAAUAAUUAAAUUUAAUACUUUUUUUACUCAUGAAAAAACAGUACAAUUUUGUAAUGCAAAAUAGAAGUUUAUGACAUUUUCACAAGAAAUUUAAUUACCUAUAAAGAAAAACUUUUUAACCUGAAAAUAUGUAUAUAAGCUGGAGUAUUGUGGUUAUUUUUCAGGUACAUUAAUUUCCCAUAAAAGAAAUUUUUGGGCUUUGUAACCUUCUACCCCAACUUUAAUAAUUAUAAGUUUAAUAAAUACAGUUAAAGAGCAAUAUAUUUAUGAAAGCCUUGCAUAAUUUUCUACUAAAAUGGAAAAAAUAAUUAACUACAUAAGUAGAGCAUCAAAAUCCUGCUAAGACUUCAUAUUUGCCCUAAUGCUAUUAACAACUUAUGUUGAUUACGGAUACUUAAGUAUUAUUUUUAAAAAAAGUAUUAUCACUAAACAAAAUAUUUGUUUAUUUCCUUAAAUUAAUUCUUAUUAAUGAAAGGGGUAGAUAAAUUAAGAAAAAAGUUUGUUAAUUGACUGACUUGAUCCUAAAAAGCUGCAAUUAAUUAUUACUAUCUAAUUGUGUCUAAAUAAAAAUGGAAUUAAUUGUUUUUGUUGCAUCACUAUAUUUUCCAAACAUGAAAAAACUAAACUGUCUUAUUAUAUUCUUCAAAUCUUUGAUGUGAAAUUCCAUACAGAAUUUUUUUAAAAUAUAAUACUACCUAUGAAAUAAGUCAGUUUCACUCAUAAACCUUUAAAUGUGUGUAAUUGUCAGAGUUAAUAUACAUAAAUAUUGUACUAUUUUCUAAUUCUGCAAUAUUUUUCAUAACAUAAUUUAUAGAGGCUAGACAAGAACCAUAUAAGCAUAUUAUAAAGUUGUUUUUUUUUUCUUCAGUUUAACAAAAGAUGCUACAGUAUUGUAUUAACUGAUUUAGCUUUAACUGAAACUAUAAAAAUCUUACAAGAAGUUUACAACAUUUCAGUGUACUUUAAAAAAUGAACAUAUUAACCAAAUACAAAUGGUUGUGUAUUUAAUGUUACUUAUAAAUAAAAAAUAAUUAUAAGCUUCA